AUGGCCGACAGUAACUUUAGUGGCUUUAAUGUUAGCAACAAGUACCACAUAGGUUCGGUUCUAGGCACUGGAGCAUAUGGCAUUGUUCGAUCUGCUGUUCACAGACCUUCAGGUCAAAAAGUCGCCAUCAAGAGAAUAGAACUACCCAACGUCCCUAUGUUUUGCUUGAGAGCUCUUCGUGAGAUAAGACUUUUGAGAUGUAUCAGUCACGAGAACAUUAUAUCCAUUUUGGAUAUCGAGAAGCCAUAUUGUCACAACGAAUUGACUGAAAUAUAUAUAGUCCAGGUAAUAAAGCCUCCUAGAUAUUUAUUCAUAUCAUCUUUAUAUCUACCUUGUAUAUUAUAUCUUUGA